AUGAUGAAUGAACCCCCCCCCGGCCACUUCUAUCUGGCUGGGCGUCUCUUCCCCCGGCAGAAAUGGUAUCGCAACGCCAACAUGCGCUGGUUGUAUUUUUAUAUCCUUGCUUUGAUCAUCACCAACACUGCCAAUGGCUUUGAUAACUCGAUGAUGAACGGCCUUCAAACCCUCUCGUACUGGCAGGACUAUUUCAACCACCCCCACGGUCCUACCCUCGGCCUCUUCAACUGCGUGAUGAGCGCCGGCGCCCUCUCCGGCCUGCUCUUCCUCCCCUUCCUCAUGGACCGCUACGGACGCAAGCCCUGCCUCGUUCUCGGCUCCCUCUUCAUGCUCCUCGGCGUCGGCCUGCAGUCGGGCGCCCUCAACUUCGCCAUGUUCGUCGCUGCUCGCUGGAUUCUGGGCGUCGGCGACAUCCUCGUGAUUUGCACUGCGCCGCUGCUGGUGGCUGAGAUCGCACCGCCACAGGACCGGGCGGUGCUGGUCACGAUUUCGGGCGCGACUUAUUAUACGGGGGCUUUUAUUGCUGCCUGGACGACGUACGGCACCUUGAAGAUCGAGAGCAACUGGGCAUGGCGGACUCCCAGUCUGAUUCAAGGCCUGUUCACCUUGAUGAUGCUGGCCGUCGUGCGUUGGAUCCCUGAGAGCCCCCGGUUCUACGUCUCGCGCGACCAGCCGGAAAAGGCCCUGCAGAUGCUCGCCACGUACCAUGCCAACGGCGACGAGAACGACGAGCUCGUGCAGACCGAGUUCACCGAGAUCACCACCGCCAUCGCGCUGGAGCGACACGCCCGCCACUCGGUUGCGUUUCUGGAUUUCCUGCGCACGCCGGGCAACAGACGCCGGCUCGUGAUUGUCGUCUCUGUGGGCGUCUUCUCCCAGCUGUCGGGCAACGGACUGGUCUCGUACUAUCUCAGCAUCAUCAUGGACAGCAUCGGGAUCACCUCGGCGAACGAACAGCUGCUCAUCAACGGCGCCCUGACCACCUUCAACCUCGUCACCAAUCUGUUCUUCUGCUUCUUCAUCGACAAGUGGGGGAGGCGGCCCAUCUAUAUUGUCAGUACGGUGGGCAUGCUCGUUGCUUUUGUCGUCUGGACCAUUCUCUCCGCCAGAUACGCCAUCCACGGCGAUUCCUCUCUGGGCUCGGGCGUUCUCGCCAUGAUCUUCAUCUACUAUCUAUGCUACAACGCGAAAUCCGGUUUGAUAUCAAGCUACACAACGGAAAUCCUCCCCUAUUCGAUGCGUGCAAAGGGUUACACCAUCAUGGAGUACGCGCUGUACGCCAGCCUCUUCUUCACGCAGUACGUCAACCCCGUCGCCCUCGAUAACAUCGCCUGGCGGUAUUACAUCUUCUACUGCUGUUUCCUCGCCCUGGAAAUCCUCGUCAUCUGGUUCUUCUACGUCGAGACUCGCUACGUUCCUCUCGAGGAAGUCACCAAGUUUUUCGACGGCGAGGAUGUUGCUGCCGUCACUAAUCAUGAACUGCAGAAAGUAGCUUAGUCUAUUCGUAAUACAUGAUGUGAAGUCACUGCAACUAAUAUCAUCUGUGCCGUACAUGCUUUGCACCCAGUAUCAAGUAAAGCAGUGCUACACCUGAUGAGCCCGCCGGAAACCCUCACCAGCAUACGCACAGCCAACUCCGCGAGCAAGCAGAUCCGCUUCGAUAUCCAUCAACCGAUUAUACUUGGCCACCCGCUCGCCACGGCACGGCGCCCCAGCCUUGAGAUGGCCUGUCCGCAGGCCGACCACCAGGUCUGCAAUGAAGUCGUCUGUUGUUUCUCCGGACCGAUGCGAGACAAACACGCUCCAGUCGAAUGAAUAUGCCAGGUUGGCU